CGUUUAAUUGUGGUGGCGGUGAUGAUGACAAUGAUUAUGAUGACGAAAUGACAUCAACCAAGCAUAUACGCAAAUGUCUCUAUGUUUCAAAGAUAUUUGGUAUUUGAUACUGGUUGUUAGUACUAUUUCAAAGCAUACGCUACUGGUCUAACAAUAGUAUUUAACAAGUGAUAUCUAGUGCUCUGGAAAAUUGUGGAAUUCUUUACUUGGUUUAAAAUAACUAAAAAAUUAACUUGGUCGAAACACUGAGUUUAUCGACAUAUUCUACUCUAUGGAGGAAGAAGGAGAACUAAACAAAGGACCAUUAGACAACUCUUUGGCGUCAUCCUGUCAAAAUGAUAUUACAGAAUCCCUUAUGACUCAGCCGAUCCCUAUCAAUAUUCGGAUUGCUCAAGAUAUACAGGAGUUUCUAUGCAAAGGUUCUAAAUCUUUUAAGUGUUCUCUGUGUACUCGAACAUUCAGGCGUCGUGACAAAAUCAAAAGACAUUUGAUUGAAUGUCAUUACGGGAUAAAAGACUAUGAAUGUUCGUUGUGUUUUAAAAAAUUUGCUCGUAAUGAACAUUACAACCGACAUAUGAAUGAUGUUCAUACUCUCACCAAAGGUUAUCAUUGCCGUUUGUGUAAUCGAAGAUUUAAACGAAAUUCAGAGUUUUGUCAUCAUAUAAAAACUGCUCAUCAUGAACAAUCUGGGUUGUUUGCAUCCGGUUCAGUUUUAUUAUUUAAUCAAUCCGAAGAUACAAUCAAUAAUAAUAAUGAUCAUUCAACUAGUAAUCAUCUUUCACAUAAUUAUGAACAGCAACAAUCAUUACAAAUUGAUCAAGUGGACUCGAACUCAAUCGAUGUUGCUGGACCAGGUUUGUAUGUUGAGGUAGAGUUUAAUGCAGAUAAAACCGAAGUUGGAAAAAAUCCUAAACCUUUUGAAUGUACAUUGUGCGGAAAAUCAUUUAGCCGACAGGAUAAGUUAAGACGACAUUAUCAGGAAGCUCAUGAUGGUAUUAGAGAAGAGCAUCAAUGUCCUGCAUGUGAAAAAAGGUUUUAUCGCAAAUAUCAUUUAAAUCGUCAUAUUGCUGAGGUUCAUCGAGCUGGGAAGCCAUUUUUAUGCCCAUACUGUCGUCGCGAAUUUGCAAGGGAAUGGUCUUAUCACCAACAUCUACAAAAAUAUCAUGAUGAUUGUGUGAAUUCUGCACCAGUAACUUGUAUAGAAAAUCUCGAGGGAUAAUACUGAAUUUAUUCCUUCCAUUCAGUAUUCUGUGUACAUAUUUCUGUUUUAACCUUAUAUAUGUGUUUUUAAUGGUCUAAAGACUCUUGUAAAGUAAAAUCGUAAUUAUUAUUAUGUCAUUUU